CAUCCACCUCCACUCUCCGUAUCAGAACUCCUUAUCAAAUCCAGAUCUUCAGCAUCCUCUUCCCAUCUCUUCUUCAAAUCCAAUCCCAUCAACAUCUUAUUCUACUUACUGAUUCAUUUCCCCCUUAAGAUAUAUGAUAAGACAAUCGGGGUCUUAUCGCCAAAGACUAUUCACAUUUCUAUCAUCUCGUGCACACGUCAAUACAAAUCUUUCUCUAAGCAGAAUAAUUCUCCUGAUGGAACUAUUGUCAUCAUGGAUAAAAGUAAAACUAUUCCAUAAAAGUCCUGCCGUCUCUGUAGGCGUGGAUGUUCAGGUUGAGAGUUUGGAUGCUAUUUCAGAGGUCGAUAUGGACUUUACCAUGACCUUGUAUCUAAGGCACUACUGGAAAGAUGCACGUCUGGCCUUCAAAAGCAACAACAACCUGAGCAUGACGUUCGAUGGCCGCCUGGUGAAGAAGAUCUGGGUACCUGACAUGUUCUUCGUCCACUCCAAGAGGUCCUUCACCCAUGACACCACCACUGACAACGUCAUGCUACGAGUUUACCCCGAUGGAAAAGUCCUCUACAGCCUCCGGUAA